AUGUCUAUAUUAUUUGAUGGUAUAUUUCAAGUUGAGGAUGUUGAUCCAGGUAGAUACAGAAAUAUUUCUAGAAUCGAGGCCACUUCGUCAGAUUGUAAAUUGACUUUAGAUAUCAACACAGAAUUAUUCCCAGUAAAGAAAAAUGCUACAUUAACUAUUGCUCUAGCAUCUUCUUUGGAAACUGAAAAUAAUAGCACCAAUAAUUUUUCUUCAAAUACCAAUAGUUGGAGACCACCUCUACCUGGUACCAAAAGCUUAGCCGAUGACUACGACUAUGUUAUGCACGGCACCGCUUAUAAAUUUGAUGAAAUUAAUAACAGCGAUAACAUUGCUGUUUAUUACUCUUUUGGUGGACUAUUGUUGAGAUUGGAAGGUAAUUAUCGUAACUUGAACAAUUUGAAGCAAGAAAAUACCUAUAUUUUAAUUCGUCGUUAA